AAUUUUUAUUUGGGCCUUUGAAGGAGCUAUCCGUACAAAAACCCAAACAACAUGGGUAGAAUCCCACCCGUAUCUACGAACUGAGAAAAACACAAAGGCAAUCAUCUUUUUGUGGUUCUUUUUUCUGUUUUCCAUAGAAUUAUGAUUCGACUUCCAUUUCCCUGAUUAGAAAAAUCGUGGGAACUUGCUUUUUGAAAGUUUGUUUUGAUUAGAAAAUCGAGUGUCCAAGUUCCCAUCCUCACUACCGAACUAUUAUUAUGCAUUACAAAUUCUCAAAUCCCAUUUGUUCUUUUCCAAUUAAUUAAGUUGCCUUUAUCGAUCGCCAAGAUGUAUUCCAUUACUUGAUCUAUUCCUCUCUCUUUCCAUUGCCAUUGGGUUCUCCUCGAUUUUUCAUGUCCCUUUAAUUUGUUUUCACAUCCAUGGCCGAUUCGCCCAAGAAGAUUAUCAUCGACACCGACCCUGGCAUCGAUGAUGCUAUGGCGAUUUUUCUGGCUUUACAAUCGCCAGAGUUAGAGGUGCUUGGAUUAACGACUAUUUUUGGGAAUGUUUAUACUACUCUUUCUACAAAAAAUGCGUUGCAUCUGUUGGAAAUUGCUGGUCGGACUGACAUCCCAGUGGCUGAAGGAUCGCACGUCACAAUAACUAAUGGUACAAAGCUUCGUGUUGCUGAUUUUGUUCAUGGGAACGAUGGACUUGGAAACCAAAAUUUUCCACCUCCAAAUGGGAAGCCAAUAGACCAAGCAGCGGCUGUUUUUCUUGUUGAGCAGGCAAAUCUUUACCCUGGAGAAGUAACACUUGUGGCACUAGGACCACUUACAAAUAUUGCACUGGCCUUGCAGUUAGAUUCUGGAUUUGCAAAGAAAAUUGGAAAGAUUAUUAUUCUUGGCGGCGCGUUCUUUGUCAAUGGAAAUGUAAAUCCUGCUGCAGAAGCCAAUAUAUUUGGGGAUCCAGAAGCUGCAGAUAUGGUAUUCAUAAGUGGGGCUGACGUGAUAGUCGUGGGGCUAAAUGUUACACAUCAAGUUGUCUUGACAGAGGCUGAUCGCGACAAAUUGGCACGUUCAGGCGGGAAAUUCGCCAAGUAUCUCUGCCAAAUUAUGGACAUUUAUUUCUCUUAUCACAAGGAUUCAUACGAGAUAAAAGGAGUUUACCUCCAUGAUCCAGCAACUUUGAUUGCGGCUGUCGAUCCCUCACUUUUCACAUACACCGAAGGAGUAGUUCGAGUCCAAACGACGGGCAUCUCAAGAGGACUCACUAUUUUGUACAACAAGCAAAAAAGGUUUGGUGAAGUGAGUGAAUGGUGUGAUAAGCCAACUGUGAAGGUGGCAAUCACAGUCGAUGCUCCGGCUGUUGUUAAACUGGUAAUGGACCGAUUAAUCGACUCCUAGAAAACACAAGAGUUACCAGUUAGAGAUUACAUAUUCAGGAAUGUAAAAUUGUAUCAUUCAGGUUUUCACUUUCAUUGUCAAUGCAAUAAUGAAAGCUCUCACAGUACAAAGGCCGUGUCACUAUGAAUUAAAUAAAUUGUACGUCGAAGUUGGCUGAUCAACUUCUUCUCAUGUAAUUUGAUAUUGAGUUUUACAUUAAUCUUUAAGAACUUAGAAAGGAUCUCUCUCAAUUAUCCUUA